AUGACACUUGGAGUUCUGUUGAAUGGUGGUGAGCUUCUGGAUCCAGUGAGAAGCACUGGAUUCUCCUUGUGGAUACAAGAACAUAAAUUGAACACACUUUCUUCGUUCAUUGGUCCAUUCAAGUAUUUCAGCCCUGGUUUGGAAAAUACAGAGGAUGAGGACAAUCUGAUAACUGUACCGUCUCCUUGUGUUUUAACAGGCACCAGCAGUGCAGAGGUAAAGGAGAACCGCAAUGUUGGAAAUCUAUCUCUGGAGGAUCACACCCGAACAGCUAGUGACCGCCAGAUCUUCCGUUGUUCCGAUGUGGCUACGGGUGGAGCGCCUGGCCUGAAAAGGAAAAGACCCCUGGAGGAAGGGAAUAACGGGCACAUGCACCCUAAGGUGCAGCUGAAGUGUAAGAAACUCUCCUGGUCGGUGACACCAAAGAAUGCCUUAGUACAGCUGAAUGAGCUGAAGCCGGGGUUACAGUAUCAGAUGGUCUCCCAGACGGGACCCGUGCAUGCGCCCAUUUUUGCUAUUGCUGUCGAGGUGAAUGGUUUGCUCUUCGAAGGUACGGGACCCACCAAAAAGAAAGCAAAGAUGAGGGCCGCUGAGAUGGCCCUGCAGUCUUUCGUGCAGUUCCCUAACGCGUCGCAGGCUCACUUCACCCUGGGGAACUGCGUCAACCCCAGCGCGGAUUUCACAUCUGACCAGGCUGACUUCCCCAACACACUGUUUAAGGAGUUUGAGCCCUCGGCUCAGAGUGAUGGCUUGCCUUGCUGCAGCCCUGCUGAAAAUGAAUUGCUGUACAGCGGCUGCAGACAUGGGCGAUUACUCUGCCACACGUUGGAUUUAAUGGUCCAAGCCAAACAAAACAAGCACAAGGUUCCAUUCCCAGCAGCGAGCAGGAAGAAUCCAGUCGAGAUGUUAAAUGAGCUGCGUCCGGGCCUGAGGUACGUGUGCAUCUCGGAGACUGUCGAGAAGCAUGUCAAGAGCUUUGUGAUGGCAGUAAGGGUGGAUGGGAGAAUGUUUGAAGGCUCAGGACGCAGCAAGAAGCUGGCCAAACUCCAAGCUGCACAGGCUGCUCUUCAGACUCUCUUUAACAUCCAGCCUGUUCCCAGUGGAAAGCCUUGUCAAGCCCCUGGCAGGAAUAAAUAUCCUCAUUUACCACAGGUAUCAGCUGCUUGGGCUGAUCCACCAGAGAGAGGCCACGAUGUUGUCCUGGGAACUUGGGUCUACAUAAAGAAAAUCCAUAAAGAAAUAUUAGGAGCAAAGCAUUACCAACUGCUACUGAUCACUCCAGCGACAGUAAAAGUCCAAGGGAAGAAACUUGGAUCCACGGAUAAGAACUGUUUCAUUUAG